AAGUGAUCGCAGCAUUUUAGGAUAAAACUAGUUGAUGCUCCAAGUUCAAUUAAAGUUAAGUAGUUCAACCCGGAAAUCUGCCCUCUCCAAAAUGGCGGUACAGUUAACGCGUUUGACUUGACUCAUCACGUGACGCAUAUUCUCGCGAGAUUUGGGGAGAGGGUGGUUUAUUCGCGUCUCCAGUGACCAAAACCGGUUGUGUGAGACGUUUGUUUUGCUAAUCUUCUCGGUUAAGUUAUUGCGGAAAAAGCAGAAUGUUUGUAAAACAUGACGUUUAAAUGUAAAAUAAUUUACAUUUUUAUAAAGUGAUGUGAUGACAGGUUAGCGUUAAUCAGCUGUGAAGUAUCAGCUAGUUAAGUUUUUUUUUAGCGAAGUGUCAAACAGCUAACAAUCACCUGAGCUUGAAUUUCACUUUCAUUUUAUUAAUAGCUAAUUUAAUAUCCUAAUGAGUUUAUGUCCAUUUUUUUUAAAUAUAUUGCGUUUAGGUUUUAUAUGUAGUUAGCAGCUCAAUGAUCUGAGCUCAGGGGAAAGUAGCUGAUGCUCUAGAAGUCUCCAGGUCCAUCAGUCGAGGUGAUUUCGUGUUUUGCGCUCUAUGAUACGAGGCAGAGUUCACAGUGACUCGGAGGAUGAGCAGACACCUGGUGUGGAAUGGAGACCUCCAGGUCGUUACUGUUUGUGAGGCUGGUGGAGGGACGCCGAGCUCCAUCGGACACGUCACGCCUGCGGACCGACAGGACGGAGAACUCCAACCGAAGCCCACCACCGAUAAGUCAGGAGGCUGUUUGAAAGACUCAGCGCAGUCGCACAGCUACGCGUGUGAUAACGAUCUCUGCACCGCACCCAGAAGCGUCUACGUUACAGAGGAGGAAGAUGAAGAUGAAGAAGAAUACGUCACAGCGGUCCUCGUGGAUGACUCGCUCUGUUUCCACGCCGAUACGCUCCAGGAAGGCGUGGCGAAGGACAGAACGCACCACUGCGUACAGUGUGGGAGGAGCUUCGCCUAUCUGUGCAUCCUGCGCCGCCACCAGCGCGUCCACACGGGCGAGAAGCCCUAUCAGUGCUCGGAGUGUGGGCGGGGCUUCGCUCAUCAGAGCAACCUCCAGACGCACCAGCGCAUCCACACGGGCGAGAAGCCGUUCCAGUGCGCCGAGUGCGGACGCAGCUUCUCACGGCAGACCGUCCUCCGGUUACACCAGCGCGUCCACACCGGUGAGAGACCGUACCCGUGCCCGGAGUGCGGGAAGAGCUUCAGUGACCGAUGCGCUCUCAGAAGGCACCACCGCAUCCACACGGGUCAGAAACCACAUCCGUGUGUGCAGUGUGGGAGGAGCUUCACUCAUCAGAGCCACCUCCAUCGUCACCAGCGCAUCCACACGGGCGAGAAGCCGUAUUACUGCUCCGGGUGCGAGAAGAGCUUCCGAUUUUCAGGAGCUCUAAAGACGCACAAGUGCGCAGAUGGACACGAGGCGACCCGGAAAAUCGUUAUCCCACAGGUUUAAGGCUGAUCUGUGUUAUUCCCAAAUCCGAGGGAAUUUGAUCUAAGCUUGAGCCCGAGUCUAUCGUACGUUUCUGCGAAGAAACGCCAACAUUUACGGGUUCAGCCGUACCAUGUUUGCGUUUGACUCGUUUCUGAUGCAACGGCGAUACGAGAGACACGACACAUUUCUGCU